AUGGUGGGGUUCUCCUCCGGAGCGGAGAACCCCCACGGAGUAAAGGCAGUCACUAAGGGUCAGAGGUGUGCUGUGGCAUUGUGGUUUACACUGGACCCCCGACAUAAUGAAAGAGAAAGGGUUCAAGCGGAUGACUUGAUAAAGAUGCUUUUUAACACAGAAGAAACGGAUAUAUUCCUGAGCAACGAAUCUGCCAAAACAUCAGAAAGAAUACUUUCAGAAGGUGGGAACUCAGAGCAUGCAUCCGAUGGCCCUGUGGACUCUGCUAAAGCACCAGAGCCACCAACUGCCCCAGACUCUGACGCUUCCAAGGAAGGUGUCCUAGGCCCACCAUUGGACUCUCUGAAAACAAAAACGGAAUUAUAA